AUGUUUCCUAAUACGCUAAAUCCAAAUGUUCCCAUCCGUCCAAUACUUCCGCCGAUAAAAGCUCCAAUAUCAAAGUGGGAUGUUGCCUUGUUUCGUAAAGCUGAAGUUUUACCUCGAACAAAUCAGUUAGAUCAACAUCACCAACCAUUGCAAUAUGGUUCAUUUUAUAUACAGUUACAACCACCUCAAAAUGGUGAAAAUGAAGUUCUUUACUUUCGUUACCAGAAACAACAAGAAAAAAAUAGCGCACACAUCUAUACAUUACCAUUUACAGUUAGUCUACUAAAAGAUAUUCGUUUAUCAGCUGAAACAUCGGCAUUGUCAACAACAAAAUUUUACAGUGCUGAUCAACAAUCCUUACACACAAACGACUCGGAAAGUUUACCAACACUUUUGUUAAAAGCAAAAGCAUUCUUAGGCGUAUUAGUAUUGAAUAGUUCAGCAAAUAGUAUCACAGCAAAUACUGCUGGAACGAUUCGACCAUUUAUGAUAUUUGCCACUGACAGUGUUUUUCUUGGACAAUUAUACGAUGCCUAUAUUUAUCGCAUAACACAAGUAGCAACAAUAUCGAUACGCGAUAAUCCAGAUGAUGAGAACUAUGUUACUGGAAUCAAAAAAUUAUUUCAAGCCCGAUGUUUUUAUUAUUCAACAUUUUGCGAUUCAAAACCAAACAAUGAUAAAAUGUAUUUCAAUAAGCCAUACGACAUAACAUUGUGUACACAGCGUAUGAUACAAGAACAUGACUCAGAUUUAAGAUUCUAUUGGAAUCGUGGCUUAUGUUUACCGUUAUUGAAAUUCGGAGUGGAUGUUCGUUAUUGGAUACCAAAAGUUAUGUGCGGUGGAAUAGAAACCUAUCGAAAUCCUUCAGAUGAUGUUGAAUUAUGGCUUAUUUCCAGACUGAGCUGUGAACGAGCUGGUACACGUUUUAAUGUUCGUGGUGUGAAUGACGACGGUGCAGUGGCAAAUUUUGUUGAAACUGAACAAAUUGUUGUAAUUCCAAAACACAAACAUUAUUCUUCGUUUGUCAUUAUUCGUGGUUCUAUACCUAUCUUCUGGUAUCAGCCUAAAUUUCAGGUUGGAACACAUCGUAUUACUAUCUCGAGAAGUGAGGCUCUUAGUUACAAGGCAUUUUUUGAACAUUUCAAAAGUCUUUAUCAUCAUUAUGGUCGUAUAACGAUUCUUAAUCUUGUGGAAACUGGUAAUCAUGAAGCGAAGAUUGGCGAAGAAUAUAAAAAAUUAUUUACGUUAUUCGUCAAAAAUCAACAGCUAAAAAUGCAACAACAAAAAGACAAACCACAAUCAUCUAUAAAAGAAAAAGAUUUUAUCUGGUUUGAAUAUCAUAAACAAAGUACAACAGUUCGAAAUUUAACACCAGAACAAUUCGUUGAUCAUUUGCUGAUACAAAAUUCACAGUAUCCAUGCAAUCAAUUGAUUGAACGUUACAGUUGUUUUACGUAUAUGGAUAAAGCUGUGCAAUGUUCACAACAAGGUGUGUUUCGUGUCAAUUGCAUUGAUUGUCUAGAUCGUACGAAUAAUGUUCAGUUAACAAUUGGCAUAGCCGUAUUACAAAUACAAUUAGCAACAUUGAAACGAAAACAUAUAAAUAAUACAGUUGAGCAUUUAAAAGGUUUAUGGGUAUUAAAUGGUGAUCAUAUUAGCCGAAUAUAUACUGGUACAGGUGCAUUGUUACAACGCAGUAAGGCCAAAGAUAUUCAACGAAGUGUUGGUCGUGCUAUUCAAAAUAAUCUACGUGACGAUGAAAAACAACAGUCAAUACAAACAUUAAUCUAUUCGUAUGCUAAAGAUUCUUAUUUACAUGAGCGCUCAGUUGCUGCACUAUUAACACCAUAUGUCGUUUCUGAUGGACUUGUGUUGAGUGAAAUGUUUAAUAUUCGAAAAUCUUACAUAAAAAAGGAAACGUUUCGUGUUUCACUUGGUACAUGGAAUAUAAAUGGUGAUAAAAAUCCAGCAUUACAACAGGGUUAUCCACAAAUACUAGAUUCAUGGAUCUUGGAUGGACCAGAUAACGUCAAAAAUGACAGAAGAAACUUAAAUCAAGGUAUUGUCUCUAAUGAAUAUACAAAAGCGAUGCCCGAUAUAUUAGCUAUUGGAUUUCAAGAAAUAUGUGAUUUAUCAGCGACAAAUAUGGUUUGGCAAAGCUCCGAGAAUGCCAGUCGGUGGGUGAAGCAAGUUCAAUAUCAUUUUAAAACAAAAUAUCCAAAUGAUGAAUAUAUUUUGUUGGGAAAUGAUCAAUUGGUUGGCGUUUGUUUAGCUGUUUUUAUUCGUCGAGAUUUAGCACAAUAUGUCAAGAAUAUUGCUAUUGACUCAGUUAAAACAGGUCUCGGUGGGAAAAUGGGCAAUAAAGGAGCUGUUGCAAUUCGCUUAGUAUUACAUAGUACAUCAAUAUGUUUUGUAUGUGCACAUUUCUCAGCUGGACAAAAUGAAGACGCUGAGCGCAACAAAGACUAUAAAUCAAUCAUGGAAAAAUUAUCAUUUCAAGCGCCAUCUCGUGCUUUAUGGCAUGAUCACAUUUUUUUUUUUGGAGAUUUUAAUUAUCGUUUAACAAUUCCACGUGCUCAAGUAGAAAAACUUUUAUCUGAUAAUAUGUAUGAUCAAUUAAUUACCUAUGAUCAACUAAGAAGAGAACAUACUGAAGGAAGAGUGUUUCAUGAAUUUAAAGAAGGUCAAAUAUUGUUUCCACCUACUUAUAAGUAUGAUAUUGGAAAUGAUUAUUAUGAUACAAGUGAAAAAGCUCGUACACCAUCGUAUACAGAUCGUAUUCUAUGGAGAAGUAUGCCUCAUGUUUGUUCAACGCAACUAUUUUAUGGUCGUUCAGAAGUUAAAACAUCUGACCAUCGACCUGUUAGUGGUAUAUUCGCUAUUGAAGUAGAAGUAUGUGAUGAAGUAAAAUUAUAUCAUGAAUAUAUAAAGAUCUAUGAACGUUUUGCACCAACAAAUGGACUUAUUCUCUUUGAUAUGAUCAUGAGAUCAGAUAUUAUCGAUAGAAAAGCAAAUAUGUUGGAUGAAUUUGUAUUGUACAUCAAGAAAAAUUAUGAUCUCGAUUCUUUUUCAUGGAAUAAAUCACUUUUAACGUUGAAUAUGUUCUUCGAACAUGGUGAUUAUGCAAGACGAGUUAGUAAACCAGAAGAAGAUCAGUUGCCAAAUGGUACCACAUUCAGAAAACGUAUACCAGACGAAGACAAACAGUUUGCUAUUAUGCAAAAAUUAAAUUUAUUAUUUUCCAAUGUAAAUGAAACAAUGUAUCCCGAAUCUGCUUUACAACAUGAUAUUGGCCCUUACCAACAGCCAUCAAAAGAAAGUUUAUCAACUGAACAAGAAGUAACGGUCGCUGGUGUCGUUAGUGAAAAUAUUGAGAUGCCUGAAUAUGAAAAUAAUGGAGAACCAGUGAAAGUAAAAUCAGACGAAGAAAUUGCAAACCAUUUAGAUAUAGUCCAUGAUCUUGCACGUACUAUUGAACAUAAACGUCGUAAACAUGGUGAACAGAUAGCUGAUGUAAAAAUUCGAAAAGAUAAAGAAAUUGUUGCCAAUAGUAGUAGUGAUAAUGAUAAAUAUACAACACCUUCAUCGGAUGAUAGUGAUAUUGAUUCACAUUCAAGCACUAGUAGCCCGUAUGGUUCAAGUUCGGAAUCGUCCUCUUCCUACGACGAACAUUUGGCUGAACUUCAUAUUUCAAAAAAGAAGAUUCAUAAGCAUCAUAAAGGUCCAUUCAGAGAAUAUCUUGAAGAAACUGUCAAACAAUGGCAACCAAAACAUUAUUUAAAACAAUAUAAACGUAGUCGAAUGAAAAAACAUGAUGGCCAAAUAACAUAUGGAAAUGUUCAUACAAAACAAAUAAAACGUUCGCUUAAACAUGAAAAACAUCUAAGACAAAAAAUAAUUGAAGAAAAUAAAAAUGAAGAUUUAGCUGAAUUGGUUCGAGACAUGACAUACGGAUCUGUACAAAAGAAGAAUGAAAAUCACAACCAGAGUGAUUCGGAUGAUGAAAAUGAAGUAGAAAAGAAUGAGAAACAAGAGCAAACAGGACAAUCUCCAAAGUUACAUUCACAAACAUCCAUGGUAAAAAUGGCAAAAAAAUUAGCAAAACCCUUUAAACAUCAUCAUCAUCAUCAUCAUCUUGCUGAUACUUCUUCAAGCGUUGAUGGAGAAGUUAGACAACAACAACAACAAUAUGAAACCAAAUUGAGAUCAUUAGAGCCCGAAUCUCACGAUCUUAUAACCAUUGCACCGUCGUUACCGACAUCCGCUCAACCAUUAUUUCAGCAAAAUGUGUUUGAUCCAUUCCACUUUAAUGUCAAGAAUAAUGAAGAGCGACGACCAACACAGACAACAUUAAAAAAGUCGUCAGACACAACAAAUGGAAAUUUACUAUUGUUCGAUCCACCAGAUAGUACAUCAAAAUUUUACAUAAAUCUGUCCGAUCUUGACCCCGUGAAAAAGAUCGAACCAUUGCAACAGUCCGUUAAAACCUCACAAUCUUCUUUAUCUUCAACAUCAUCUACACAGUCAAAAAUAUCGAAUUCUUCCUCUCCAAUGCCAUUUCAACAUCCACAACACAUUCCUAUUUUUCCUACUCGACCACCACCAAAAAUUCCCACACUACCUACACUAGUAAAAACGCCUCAAUCAUUACCAUUAAAAAGUAUAAAUAUUCAAAAUACUAAUGAAGAACAUGAUAAUAAUGUACAUGAUUUGGGAGACCCCGGCACUCCACCACCAAAUCCUCCGUUAGAAAUGAUAUUUGAUCCAUUUGCAUUUAAUUUAGUUCCAUUUUUUUUUUACACAUUAAUUAUGAAAUAUGAUGAUUUUUUGAAUACAAUUGGAAGUUUUGGAAAAUAUCAAAAAUGGAAAUAUUUUAUAAUAUGUCUUUCGUACACCUUACCACCCAUUAUGGUUUAUACUUGGUCAUUUGCAGCUGCUUCUCCGGCAUUUCAAUGUCAAACACCCAAUGAUACACUUACAGAUUAUUAUAAACCGGAUGUAGCUUACUGUGAAGAAAAUAAGAAAUCAAUAUCAAUUAAAGAAUGUCAACGUUGUAAUAUAAAAAUAUCGAAAAAUUCAAUAUUAGAAGUUCAUCCAUGUGAAAAUUAUAUUUUUGACAAACAAUAUUAUCAAAAUACACUUGUGGAAGAAUGGAAAAUGGUUUGUGAUCGAGUUAUUUAUCGAUCAAUUGUUCAAAAUGUAUUUUUUGUUGGUUAUAUGGUUGGCUCAAUCUUUUUUGGUAUGUUAGCCGAUAAAUAUGGUAGACGUCCGAUUAUGAGCGUCAGUUUUAUUCUAAUGACAUUUUCUGGAUUUUUAUGUGCAUUUUUUCCACAACAACGUUUUGGUUUUUGGCCAAGUUAUAUUGUUUAUAUAAUUGGUCGAUUUUUACUUGCAUGUGCAACAAGAGGCAUAUCUGUAUCAGGAUUCGUACUUGGUUCAGAAUUAGUUGGUCCAGAUAAAAAAUUAUUUACGGGCAUUGUAAUUGAAUACUUUUUUGCAUUUGGUCAAUUUAUUCUUGUAUUCUUUGCAUAUUUUAUUCGUACAUGGAGAACAUUAUCUUUCACUCUAUCAUUAUUUACCGUACCAUUUCUAUUUUUUUAUUUUAUUUUACCAGAAUCUCCUCGUUGGAUGGUGAGUAAAGGCAAAUUUGAUGAAGCUGAAAAAUCAUUAAGAUCCAUUGCUGCUACAAAUCAACGAAAGUUUGAUGAUGAAGCAUUUGAACAAUUAAAAUUAGAACAAAAAAAGAUUAUGCACAAUAAAACCCAAGAAGUUUUUUAUGGAGUUUCUCAGAAUACGGGAAGUUGGCCAUUUAAUCCCUAUUUAAAUUUUGCUGCUAGUGCAUUUGUUGAAUUAAUUUCAUACGUUGUUGUACAUUUAAUACUUGAUCGUAUUGGUAGAAAAAUUCCCUACUGUGGAUCUGUGAUAUUAUUUUCCAUUGUUGCUUUAAGUGCUAUACCCAUAAAUAUUUACAUGAUAAAAGAUAGUAAUGCUCAAAAAAUAAUGAUUUUCAUAGUAAAUGUUGUCUUAAAAUUUUUGGCAUCAUUUUCUUAUGCAAUUAUUUACAUUUAUGCUAAUGAAUUAUUUCCAACAGGAGUAAGAAAUACAGGAAUGGGAAUUUGUAGUAUGGUUGCACGUGUUGGAGCUAUAAUCGGUACAACAUGUAAUGAUCUAUUGACUCGUGUUUGGACAGAACUUCCCAUUGUUCUCUAUGGUUGUGUCUCAUUGAUAGCAGCCAUUCUUGCACUCAUGUUUCCAGAAACGUUAAAUAAACCAUUACCUCAAUCAGUAGAAGAUGUCGAACGAAUGGGUCUUGCGUGUAUUCGAGUCAAGGGUGUUCGAUAUGCUCAAAAUGAAAGUGCUAUUGUAGAAAUAGAAGAUGAGAAUGAAGAUCGUUUAUUACAAGAGCAAUUAAAACCUAAUAGUAAUGGCAAUGAAUUAUAG